CACAAAGGCCAAUAAUCUCGUCGUGACACGUGUGCCUGCCCCCGAUAAAAAGCGUUACGUGUCGCGCUGGAAGCGUUCGUGGAAAAAGCUUUUUCCACCGCGACAGAGAGAAUUCGGGUGUCGCGCGGUACGGUACGGAGGGGCAUACACGUGACACCAGCCAAUAACCACGACGAUUCAUUACUCUACGUCUCAGGUAUCGAAUAUCGAUUAAAUUCAGUUGUCGAAAACGCACUUGCUGAUUAUUAUUUAGUUCCCAAAUCUUAUACGAAGUAAUCGGAUUUGAAUUUCAUCGAUCCGCGAGAUGUUCUUGCUCGGCAUCCGCGAUCUGGAGCACGUGAUAUUCGCCGACGAGAAAAGCGCGAAGAAUAUCGUAAGGGACUUCGUGAUUUGAAACAGAUAAGCGUAUCUCUCCGGGAGUCUCGGGUGAGUUCGCCGCUUUCAUGAAGAGUGAGCCUACGCGAUGAGAAGAGCGGAAAAUGAGUAAAACCGAAAGGCGAGGAGGCGCAGCGAGGAGGACGUGAAGCAGGGGAAAUCGCGCUAUAAUACACCGAGGCGAAGAUGAGAUCGGAAACUGCGCUCUACCUAUUCUCGCUGCUGAUCCUGUCGCUCAAUGAUCCUUCAUGGGCUUCCGCGGAAAUCAGAGGAUGCAAUCGUACCAUCAGAAAUUCAGUCGGCUGGAUUCGUUGGACAGGACGAAUGGGUCGAUGCAUCGUGCGAAUCAGAGCACCGCUCAAGGAUCCGCAGGUGAUCGAAGUGAAAGUUAGGAGGCUGCAGGUUGGCUUCCUGAAGGAAGCCCGUUGCGAGGGGGCGUAUUUUCAGUUCUCAGACAGCGCCGACGAUCCCGACGACGAAACAACAGGUCGAUAUUGCGGCCACGUGACCGGAAACGCUACGAGGCUAUUUCUACGACGCGGUCCCGAGCUGACGAUCAUCCUAUCGUCGGACGAGCAGUUCGCCUCGGCGAAUCCGGUCAUCUUUUCCGCUCAAUUCUCCGUCCUGCCGAUCCGCCUCGCGGUGGAGCGCCACCGCGGCUACUCCGCGUCCACGUCGCCGACGUGUCCCAUGGAGUGCACCGCUCGCAAUGAGCACAGGUCCUGCAGACUGACCUCGCCGGGUUACCCCAGCGUCUAUCCGCGUGGGAUUAGAUGUAGGGUAGCCCUGGAGUCGAACGCCGGUCGCUUCAGGAUAGGCGGUCAGCCGGAGGACCUCUUCGACUUGAUGAACUACACCGAUCAGGAGAACUGUCAGACGGAGAAUUGCGAGGACUCCGUCGACUUCGGGGAAAAGGACGGCGGAUCGUCGGUCGCGAGGGGAGGUCAGGAUCGUGUCGAGGCGGAUGAAUCUAUUAUCGGGGACGAACGGUCGAGGAACGAGCCACACAGCAGCCGGAUUCCCGCGACGAAACGCAUUGCGGAAACGAGUGGACAAUUAACGAGACUCAGGCAUUACAAGAAAAAGGCGAUACUGCGGUACAGGGGGGAGCAGCAUCGUCACAAAGAGCUGCCGCUUAGGUCCGACACGAGCGAGCCGAAGCUUCGCAUAAAAUCAAUGCGCUCCAAGAUAACGAGGACGAACCAUCGAGGGGUCGUCCCGAAUCAUUACUUCAAUGGCGAUUCUGAAAGGCCGAGCGAAACGAUCGGUAGCGCAAUGGCACCGGAACCCAAAUACCUCAGGGAGAAUCGAUCGUCGGGAAACACGUGCGGCGGCGGCGACUAUCUCGCGCUUCUGGAAAACGUGAACGGCAGGAUCGUGGAGAUCUCGAGGUUCUGCGGCAGCGGCCGGGUACCGCGCAUCUACUCGCGCGGGAAGAACGUGAUCCUGGAGUUCGUCGCGCGCGAGGACGGCACCGUGACCCACGACGGCUUCCAGGUGACCUUGCACGAGGAACGCGUUACGCAGGAGAUGAGACGCGCGCGAUGCGAAUACGCGUACAGGAGCAUCGAACGGUCGCGGAAUAGCAGGGAGAGCAUCAGCUCCCCGCGGAGCUGGUAUCCCCCCGAUACCGUGUGCACUUACAGAUUUCUCGGUAGAGCCACCGAGAAGGUUUCGAUCUACAUAAAGAUUCUCAGAAAUGAGCCCGAGAAACUGAAAACAACCGGAAGGAGAAACUUCACUCUGAAUUUUUGUCCGGGCAACGAAAUCACCGUUUAUAACGGAGCGCAGGUAAACGACAGUCUCCUUAUGUGGUCCUACUGUGACGCGUCUCACUGGGAUAUCAACAAUAUCCAAGUACCUUUGACGUCUACCGGAAAUGGAUUAUUGAUUCAGUAUUACAGCGCAAAAGGAUCCCACGAUGGACAGGGAUUUACUUAUGCUAUAUCCUACCGAUUUAUCAGGAAGGAACGGAACUCCACCGUCGCGAGACGCAAAUAUAAAUCGAUCUCCGUGAGACCGGUCAACUUGUCGACGCUCAAUCUCACCGAUACUGCCGCCGACUACGAUUGCGAUAGUAGAAUCGGCACGUUCAGGAACUGGUUCGCGGUACUGGUGGUCUUCGGUAUUGUGUCUUUCAUCGGUGCUGUUGUCACGAUAGUCGCCCUGACGGUCAAAUGUCUGCGGAUCGGAUCCUCCGAGAAGAAGCUCUUGCAAAAUACGAAACUGUGAGAUCGCGCAAGAUCUCUUCGGCGAGAAAUUCGAAACGAUCAAAGAUCGGGAUUCUGUUUCGUAUUAAGAGAAUAGAGACAUAUGUAAUAAACUCGCACUUCUCGCGCAAAAAUCAUCAGAAAAAGAUAUAGAACCGAGAUCCGACCGAGGCUCGAAAAUUUGGGUGCUCUGAAUUUAGAAUGCCGGAGACCCGUGGGAUCUCAGUCACUUUUCUAUAAGCCGUUUAAUGACGCGGAAAAACAUUUGCAUUAAAAGGAAGACGCACAAAGAAUCUGUCCAAGUAGAACAAGAAGUCACAAUAAUGUCAAAAUGACUGAUGUUUAAAUCGUGACUGAUUGAAAAUAAGUAACUUUUGAUUAUUUUCUUUAACCAUUUUGGCUCUAUCAUUGACGCCAUCAUGACUUGUCGAAUUUUGAUAUCCCGUCAACGUCUUUUCAAUAUCUGACGGCACAUUCCUCACUUACUCGACACGGAGAAUAAGGUACAAUUAUUGUAUGACCUGAAUUUUUAUACGUAAUGUACGGAACAGUAAUAAAUCGCAAUAAAACGUGUAAGCAGAAAA